CCUCUUACCUAAAUGAGAUAAUUGUAUGGGUUAUUAUGUAGUAAUUUCCAAUAAAAAAGAAGAAAAAAAACCUGAGCUAAGCUCGUGCAGGGCGUUGACUUCUCUCUUCCACCUUCACCGUUCUUCUUCAGCUCUAAAUUGUGCCUUCUACUCUCUCUCUCUCUCUCUCUGUACAUGUUGAUGAGUGCGGUUGUAGGACGCCUGCAAGCAUGUCGCGGAGCGCCCCGGUUGUCCCCAUGUCCCAGUCUCCCCGAGAUGACCUUGAGUCGAGGCAGCCGCCGCCGCCAGGGUGCAGGAGGUUUCCGUCAGCCUCACCGGCGUCCUGCUAUUUGCCCAAGUUCGCGAAGCCCGGCCUUCCUCUCGUCAAGAAGGUGAUCGCCGAGUUCGUGGGCACCUUCAUCCUCAUCUUCAGCGCGGCGGCUACGCCGAUAGUGAACCAGAAGUACGACGGUGCCGCAACCCUUCUCGGCGCCGCCACCUCAGCCGGACUCGCCGUUUGCGUCGUCAUCUUUUCCAUCGGCCACAUCUCCGGCGCCCAUCUGAACCCUUCCGUCACUAUCGCGUUCGCCGCCGCCCGCCAUUUCCCGUGGAAGCAUGUCCCCGGAUACGUACUGGCCCAAGUGCUGGGCUCUACCGCCGCGUCCUUCGCCCUCAAGGCCAUCUUCCACCCCUUCCACUCCGGCGGGGUGACUGUCCCCACACUGAGCACAGCUCAGGCCUUCUUCCUCGAGUUCGUCAUCACCUUCACUCUCAUGUUCGUCAUCGUCGCCGUCGCAACCGACACCCGUGCAGCGAGAGAACUGGCAGGAGUGGCUAUUGGGGCAACUGUGCUGCUCAACAUCCUCGUUGCUGGGUAAGUAUCCUGCAUGCAGAAUACCGAAGUCGAUUUGGAUGUGAUUGAUGAUGGCAUUAACUCAGGCCGUCGACGGGUGGAUCGAUGAACCCGGUGAGGACGCUCGGGCCGGCGAUAGCGACCGGAAACUACGAGGAGAUAUGGAUAUAUAUGAUUGCACCAGUCGCAGGAGCCAUUGCCGGAGCUUACGCCUACACUGCCGUCAAACUUGGAGCAGAAGAUCAGGAAGAGUCUCAGCCAUGACGACGCACUGCGGUGUAUGGAAGAGGAAUUAUUGUGGGAGAAAUAUCAUCUC